AGACCAGGAGCGAAUGGACGACCUGGACCUGAUCAUGUGGCUUGCCCACCGUCAAUACGUCCACCACCAAGUUUCAAAGAAGCAGUGGCAUUAGGCUAUGAAGCUCUACCCGCUCUUCUGAGUGCUAACCAAUGCAUCAAAUGCCAUGCUGGAUCACCGGGUUUGCCUGGACCGAACGGGCCACCAGGCCCUCCUGGGCCGCCAGGUCGUAGAGGAGCACCUGGGCAACCUGGUAAGCCAGGUCUGAGGGGACCACGAGGCCCACCAGGCGAAAAAGGAACUCCGGGAAGAGAAGGACUUCCUGGUCUACCUGGGAGUCGUGGCCGAGCUGGCACGCGAAUCAUCAUCAAACCUGGACAGCCUGGCCGAUCUGGGCAGCGAGGCAUGCCAGGUAAACCUGGUCGCCCGGGGAUGCCUGGAAGAAGGGGUGAGCCAGGCGAACGUGGCCGUGUAGGGAACGCAGGCUAUCCAGGAGCGCCAGGUGUUUUGGGAAAUCCCGGUCGUCCAGGCAACCCUGGGGCUCCCGGACGGGAUGGUAAUUACUGUAAAUGUAGGCCACGUACAUCACCUCUUCCUAGCAGGUAUCCUCGUAUUCGACGAAAUUGA